GAAGCAUAUUUCCGUGGAAGGAUUGUUACAUGAUAAGCACUAAGGAGCUUACACUCUGGUUUGUGUUAACAGAAUCAUUAUUAUUGCAGUGCCUGUCUUCACGGGCUUGGUUUCUUACCUUCCCCUGACCAGAAAUUUGAGGAGCAAUCGAUCAGACACGGCUGCCGCUGCCAUGGGAGACUAUGAGAUGUUACUGGGUGUCCUGUAUUUUAUUUGGCAAACCUGCCUAAGACUAAACUCCUCCUUUCCAGACCUGUCUUGCUACCUGAAAUUCCACAUAAUCAGGAAAAAGGCAGAAAGAUCUCUUAGCACAUGGAGAGUCAUGAAUUUAACAGGAAACUGUGAAGUAGGACACAUAAGUAAAAUUAGGAUUUUCACUGCCUUUGGGCCAAAUACUUGCCAGGAAGAAUGUAAGAACAUGUAUUACUUUUUUAAAUCAGAAAUUCACUAUGAAAAAGUGGACAGUUUUAACAGUUUCAUCUCUCGAACUUCUUCAAAUAAAGAAGUGGUUAUAAACGAUCAGCAGAGUAAUGGAGACAUGAAUCCAAUCCAGAAUUUCACAACAAUACCAAUCACACAGACUCUCAACUACACUCUGAGCAGACAAGGACAUUUAGAAAAAGAACCUUGGAAUGCAUUCAGCCAUCAUAGCCCAGUCAAUGUCUCCAUGGAUGGAAUUCCCUGCAUUCUUUUCUGGGCCAAAGGAAUAACAGUAAAAUUUAAGAAUCAGACCUGGCUGGACCUUACAGAUGAAGCUUUUGGCCAGACGGCAGCAGUGGACAUUAGCAACUCAAAUUGCAGUGAAGAAAGUGCCAUAGUCUCUUUUAAACAUGGGAGAGCAGGGAGCCCGAUUGCUUUAGGAGUAAUGCUGUUUGUAAUCAUUUUCAGAUUCACCCUUACCAAUUACAACAAGCUGUACCUCCAGAGCUGGUUUAGUCUGCAGCGAGUCGAGAUUAUUUUCAAUAAUUCAAUCCAAGCAACUUUUGAUGCAACUGGCAUCUACGCUCCGUCAAGUUAUUCCUACCACUGCCAGCGUGUCAGCAGCCUGCAGCGGUAUGAUGCCCUCUUGUUGCCCAGCUACACGGAUGACAUGUCAAGCCUGUGGGAGGUCACUUUUGUUGAUUUCCAGAUCCAAGGCUUCACCAUCAAGGCAAGGCAGUUUGCCAAGCCCCGAGACUGUGCCUCCUCCUUCUCACCAGCCAUUCUGAUUGGCCUGGCCAUGUCCCUGAUCCUGCUGCUGGUGUUGGCCUACGCUCUGCACAUGCUCAUCUACCUGCGGUAUCUGGAGCGGCACUAUGAUUUCAUCACCUCUCCGGCCCACUUCCCCCAGUUGAAAGCUCGAGAUGCAGCAGAAGAGAAGGAGCUGCUGAGGAGCCAGGGAGUCGAGUGCUAUGAACUGAGAAGCCAACAGAUCUGCAAAAUUUAUGUGUAAUAGCGCAGGCCCCUCUUCCUCACAAAGUCCACAGUGGGCUCUGAAAGGAGUUAUUUCUGUCUGUCCUCUUUGACUUGUGAUAUAAAAUGUUCACCUCAUGGCUUGAUUAAAAAAAAUACAUGCAAAAAAUACAUUUUGGAGCAUCCGCUGGCCUACGUAGAGAGAUUUGAGGCAAUGAAAAAGUCCCAGGAACCCCACAGAGAUAAAUACGAUUGUUGCCCUAAAACUACUUGGAAGUUAGGAAGACAGAAAAAACCAUUGAUGCCAUUAAGAGAGGGGAAAACAUACUUGGUCCUCGUUGCUUGUGCCAGUUCAGAUGUGAUAAUAUAGAAAUAGUAAUUCCAAGGUUAUCUGGAAGUUCAGAAUUUAAAGUAUUUGUAAGUUUGCAUUUUUAGAAAUUUUAUCCCAGUUUUGUUUUAAAAAAAGUAGUCUUCUCUUUUCCAGAGCUGUUUAGGGAAGACUCUUGUCAGUAUGGUAGAACACUUUAUCCAAGGGCUUUCUUGUCAUUUACUUUGCUGUUCAGAGGCCCCCCAGUUCAGUUUGUGAAAGAGGGUAACAGUCUUGUAGUUUCUUACCUUUUCCAUCUGGUUGUGGUGCCAAGGCUUGUUUCAUUGGUCUGAUUAGACAUCCAUUAACUCUCCUAGGUGCUACUUGAAAUAAGCGACUGAGCUAAGAACAGUGUGCUUGCUAUGCAAACACAGCUUCACAGCAAAUCUCCUAAACCCCCUUCCAGUGAGAUUGGGUCCCUUAAACUCUUCUUUAAUAGAAAUUCUGCAGCCACCACUGCUCUUCUUACAUAUGGAUUUCUGCAUAGUCUUUCCCAGUUCUUGACAGAUACUGAAGAUUGGCUUCCCCUGAAUUUUCACCAGAGCUUCUCUAAUAUGCCUUGUGUGUUAAAGAGAGCUUAUGUGUAAAAAGUACAUUGUAUUUCCCUAAGUAGGUUUCCACACAUGAACUAGGGUUCCGUACAUGACCUGCACAAAACUUAGAAAGCAGAUGGGAACAAUGUGGGGUAGAGGAUCAUGCAUAGAGAAAUUGAAUCUCUUGGGCAGCUGUGGUAAUAAGUUUACAGUCUAGUACCAUCUUUGAUGCCAAGUGUGAAUGACAAUGAUUUGGGUUUCUGAUAAAAUAGUCUUACGUUGGACAUUUCUUUUGGCUGCAUUACUCUUGGCUGUGAAUAUAGGUUUGGUUCCAGCCCUCUCAGAAUUCUGUAACCUCUUAAUACUCUAUAGUGAAAUUUUUGUUGUUUUUUUUAAUACCUGGAGUGGAUUCUGUAUUCUGUAACUAAGAAUCUUGAUUCAUGUACCUAUUUGUACCAAAGAUGGUUAUAGGGAACACACCCUGAAGAAUAUGGGAAUCUAGUAUUGAUUUUUUGGCCCUGUUUAGCCUAAAACCAAGGAGGACUCUUAGCAUUAGAGAAUGGGAAACAGAUAGUUCACAUCAUUCCAUAAUGGAAUUUUCAUUGUGGUUGUUUUGAGUAUCCAUUGGUGGUAUCAAUGGUAGUUGUGGUAGGCUAUAGGUACUUGAAGGAUAAACAUGACUUACGGUCCAACUGGGACACUUCUGAAAGUGAAAACGUCAUUAACAAUUCCAAGAUAACAGACAUAAGCAGAAUGGUGCCAAACUGGGAUAUGUAGUCACCCUAGAUAUGGUAAGACCAUACAGGUAUGGUGAUUGCCCUACAGGGUGAGACCCUGUAAGGUGAGGUAAACUGGCUCUUUCUAACUGUGCUGGAGGGCUUACAGAAAGAAAAUAAUAGCUUAAGAUUUAAAAUUCACAGCUCAAGUCAUGGUAAAAAACAAAACAAAACAAAACAAAAACCAAAACCCAGGGAGUUUCUAUGACUGAUCUACAGCUCUUAUCAAGGGGCUGACAUAGUUGCAAAUCAGACACACAGGUCUGAUCCUGUAAAUUGGUAAAAUGUGUUGUAGGUGGAAUUCACAGCCUUGCCAGAUCUCUUAAUGAAUAUGAGGGCACUGAUUUUUACAAAAGAGAAGAAACUUGAAAUAAGAAUGGUAACUUGGGGAUAAUUAGACAACUUUAAGGAUAUUGAACCCAUAAACUCCACUAAGUUUUUCUUGCUAGCAGAAGCAACCCUGUCAGGUGAAGCUAUUCUGACUUCACCAAAGAUAGUUACCUUGCCAGGGGUGCCGAUUUUCCUCAAUGUCUCUAGACAAUUGGAAUCACACUCUAGCAUAUCCCAGGGAACCAAUUGCAAAGUCAAAUAUGGGAGAAUAAAAAUUGGAAGGUUUUGCUAAUUUAUGCAACAAAAGAUGGAGGAAUAUGUGGGAGAAUGGAUGCUGGAGGUGCUAGCUCAGAGAGGGAAGUGUAUAAUUUUAGAUUGGGCUGAAUUUUUUUAAUAGGUUCUCUUACCAGAUUUUGGGUUAAAUAUUCUGGUUUGAGCAGCUGGCAGUAUUUCUAACCAUUUACUCAGUUGAUUAAGUUGUGGCCUCAAGAGUGACAUGCCCUAAAUGAAAUAGACCAGAAAUUCAUUGGUAUAAUAUAGAGGAAGAAAAUAAAUUUAACAACUUAGAGAAUUGAGAUAUAGGAAUGGAUUUAUUAUGCAUGUCCUGCUCUCCAUCCCCAAAACUAUUUUCCUCUGUGAAGGCCCCAGAGGACACUUAUUGUCAUAGCACUGAGCUGAAAAAUACAUUGGGAACAUAGCAUCAGCAUUUUUGAAAAGUGCUCUAGUUGCUGUCCUCUGUAGGCUAUGGAUGAAGGCAGGAGAUGCUAUCAUUGAUUCCUUAAUCUCAGUGGGAAUGCCGGGAUCCUGGAGAUAGCAUCACAGUGUUAAGGGGCUGUAGGGCAGGAAUGUUAAUCAGAUUAGAUCAUGUUUGUUAAUGGUAAAGUAAUCUAUGACAGAUGUAUCAGGGCAGUCCACUAAAGAACUCGCAUUCAUCUGAAUAAUUGUAAUCUUAAUAAAAUCUAGUCCUUGUAUAAAAAGACCUUGUUUGAACCAUCAUGGUGGAUUCCCAGAGCUGAGUCUGUUGAUAACUCAACAAGAGAGCUCUUGACUGAAGAGGAGACCUCCUAAAAAAGGGUCUUUGGUCUUCAUAUUUAAUGUUGAGCAUUAUCAUGAAUGAUUUUAUGCUUAUCCAUUAGGUAUCUUUCUUUUUUGUAUCACUUCUGGUAUGUUCUGAUCUUCAGGUAAAGAACUUAAUCCUAGUCCCAUGGAUACCUUUAUUAUUAACCCAACAGGUAUGUGAUUAUAGCCCUAUAAUUGUUAGUGCUUCAGGAGCAUAGCCUAAGAGAUGUCUGUCUUCCUGGGAGGUCUGGAACAAUAUGGCAAUGAAAGUGAUAUUUGAUAUGAAUAGAAGUUGACUGGGCAGGUAAUAUGGAGAAGGACAGAUAUGGCAGAAGGAAACACAUAUGGAAAGACUGGACUUUACCAUGUGAGGAGAACUAUGAAUACAUGUCUAUGGGCAGUCACAUAUAAUGUAUUUAAAGGAGUGAAAGAUUAACCUGGAAAUAAUUGAGGGAACAGGUCAUUGUACUCAACUAAAGACUUAGAAUCUUGACUUGAGGUAAUGGAGACAUUCCUGAGGAGAUUUUGGAGGAUUUUAAGAAAGGGGAUUGCAUAGCAGAUAAGUGUGAGUAGAAUAGGGACAGAUACUCCAUUUAGGAGAUUAUUGGAAUAGUUCAGAUGAAAAAUAAUAGGACAUAAACUUAGAGAGUGGGGUGAGAGGAAAGAGCAAGAAGAGGUAUUGAGGAGUUUGGUUCAAUAAAUUUUGGGAACCAAUUGGCAAGUCACAAAUGUCUGUUAGGUAUCUUAUUUGGGGUGCUGGGUGGAUGGUGAUACCAAUUUCUGAAAUCAGGAAUAGGAGAGGGUAGGAGUUUGAGAUGGGAGAUGCCUAUAGGCAGAUCCUAUAAUGGAGAUCCAAGUAGACAGUUUGGUUUAUGGAUCUGGGGCAGAAUAAAGAGAUCUGGACUAGAAAUUUGGAAAUGUUACAGAUGCUGUCAGUGUCCUACCCAUAUUUCUUUGCCCUUACUGCAUCCUGACCCAUCUCUCUGUUGCCAGUUACUGCCCUCUAAGGCUGCUCUCCUUGUGUUCAUGGCAAGCUGAAGAUUUAAUGCCUCCCAGGAGCAGCCUUCAUGCAGCAACUCUCAGGAGUUGUGAAUAAAUACCCCAACUCAUUUGUCCCUUGACUAGAAUAUUUCUAGAGUGUGUUGUACAUCAUUUCCUGGAGCUCCCCAGCAGGACUUAGCUCUUUUGCCCAUUGUGGUAUCUUGCUUGAUAAAGUUCACUUUAUUAACUCCCUUCUCUUUCUUGUCUUCCUUGCUCCCCUAAUGAUGUUUCCUAAUGAUGUUGGCAUUACCUCCAAAAUAAACUACUUGUGUUUAAA